GCUCCACCCUUUGUGAUGCCUGCCACCCGCGUAGAAAACGGUUCCUGCCUGAUGGGAUUGCCUUGUUUGCAGGUGCACACUAGUUUCAAGGCCGAACUCUCACGGCUUUUCGCUGACUUCUACAGUGUGCGUGAGUUGGAGGGAGUGGAGUACAACAUUAGCUGCUGUGCAGGGAUGGCAAUCGACUUGCUGAAAGUCCUUGCCAAAGAUCUCUGUUUUGCCUUUGAUCUCUACCUCGUGGCUGAUGGUUUCUUUGGCACCAGAAGAGGAAAACGUUUCAACGGCAUGACGUAUGACGUCCAAACCGGAGCAGCCCACAUGGCUUUCUCGGCUUUCAGCCUGACAAGCGAGCGUUCACAAGUCAUCGAUUAUUCCGUCCCCUUCUAUCAUUCGGGGGUGUCUUGUCUUACUUUCCACCAGGAGAGAGAUGUACCACUGUCUGCCUUCCUCGUACCCUUCAGCGCCCAGUUGUGGAUCGCCAUUUUCACUGCCUUGAAUCUGACAGCCAUAUUUGCUGCCAUAUACGAGUGGUUGUCACCAUUUGGGCUUAAUCCGUGGGGGCGCAUGCGCAGCAAAAAUUUUUCGUUGGCUUCUGCUUUGUGGGUUAUGUGGUCGCUUCUUUUUUCUCAUCUGGUUGCCUUCAAGGCACCGAAGUCAUGGCCUAAUAAGGUAUUGAUAAACUUAUGGGGAUGCUUCAGCGUUAUUUUCGUUUCGUCGUACACAGCAAACAUUGCAGCUCAUUUUGCCGGACUGUUUUUUCAUCUCAGGGUUGAUGACUUUCACGAUGCAAGCCUUUUAAAUCAAAGAACGGGGGCUACGAAAGGAAGUUCAGCGGAAUCAUACAUACAUGCUCAAAAUCCUCAACUUUGGCAGCAUAUUCAAAAAUAUGGCUUUGAAGAUUUGGAAGAAGGAUUGGAAAAACUCAGGAAAGGGGAGCUGGAUGUGCUUAUUGGUGAUACUGUGGUGCUAGAUUACAUUCGAGGAAAUGAUCCUGGUUGCGGCCUUCAUCUUCUUGGACAAUCUAUUUUUGACGACGCUUACGCGGUAGGCAUGCAGAAGGGUUUUCGACUCAAAAAAUCCAUUUCCACACUGAUACUUCGGUACAACGAGCAUGGUUUCAUCGAGCAGCUGCAAAAGAAAUGGUUCGGAAGAGUGCCUUGUUUUAACCACUCCGUGCAUCGCCUCAACAAGCCGAAGCCCCUGAGCCUUGGAGCGGUGGCGGGAGUUUUUGUGAUGUUAGUGUUGGGUCUCGUCGUCGGCAUCGUCAUCCUCAUCAUCGAACACAUGGUCUUCAAACACGCCUUGCCUCAGUUGCGGAAGAAGCCAGCGGAGUGUUUCUGGAAGAGUCCGAAUGUCAUGUUUUUCAGCCAGAAAGCAAAAGAAGAAGCAAGAAGAAGGAAAAGCAAGUCGCAGUUUUUUGAAAUAAUUCAAGAGAUUAGUAAAGUUGUUCGCCUGCAAAAAGAGCAGCGGCGGAAUCCUGAAGUACCAAUACCAGUUCAUCCUCUGCCUCUACAACGAGAGAUAGCAUCUCCGAUUUGCUCCCCCUUGGACAAGCAGCGCCUUUUGUUCGUGCCACAAAGUUCAGCAUCGCCACCAAAAACUCGCAGCUCCUGGACAGAUCUGUAUAGGAGGGGACCACCGUUCUUUGGAAGUACUCGCUACAGUCACUUGCAGCAGCAGGAAGAACAGUCCAGCUUCUACAGAGUCAUGAACGAAUCCCCUCCAAUGUGUCGGCGAGCUCACUGUUUGGUAAGAGCCGAUUCCACUCUGGAAGAUUUCAGUUCCUCAGUUGGUGAAGAUCAGCAGCUGCAGCAGCAAACCUUCGACACUACCGUCCUCAGCAUAAGUGUCGAGGACCUCCGAUUGAUGGAUUCAUCCACCCACGACGAAUGGCCUUCCCUAAAGAGGCAUAAAUCCUUGGAUGAAACCGUCUGGAGGAAAAAAAUCACGUUCAGCCCAAAAAGAAAAACUGUACCAGUAGCUUCUGAACCGAAAAUAGCGGUCAGGAAGCUGCUGGAAGUUGAUGAACUUCUCCUCUACUCCAUGAGCAAAGAGGAAAUCAUCCGUUCUUGGCAGGCUUCUGAAAGGAAGCUUCUCAACAAAUUAAGAGACACGAUUAAGGAGAAAAAAUCAUUAGAAAGGAAGCUCAUAUUUAUACAAAAAACAUUAGUGAAACCACCUUGA